AUGCCACGACAAUAUUCGUUUUAUUUUCAAACCGCACCAGCGAGUAUUCUCCGCUCCCAAGUUCAUCCAGACAAACAACCGCGUGCAUAUCGCUUCUUUGAACGGCCCACUUACGAAAAUGCGAUUUCGAUUCUCGGAGUUUUGGAGAAGAGGUUCGACGAGAACACUGCUGGCAGUUAUGCCUUUUCCUCUGCAUGGCCUCCCCCGCCACCACCUCCAUUUCCACCAAACCGAGAAGACUCUCCGACUCCAGCAAGCUUCGUCUAUGACAACGGUACAGGGAGGCUUGAUCCCGGACUUGUUCGUGAUCAAGGCCUACCCCCUCAUGUGAAGACCACCGAGCAAUUUGCAACUUUCAUCAAAUCUCGCAAUAGUCGAGGUGACAGAUCCCCAGUCUCUUCGUCACAUUACUCGAUGGAUUCUCCAGUUUCAGCUAUACCUCCAUAUCGUUCAAUCCAUCGUCCGAACAUUGUACAGUCGGGUUCCUUCGAAUUUUCGCGACCUUCUCGCCACAACGCUCGAACGGAACAAAAUUCGACAAUGUUUGGGGCGCGCAGAAAGUAUGAUGCACGACCUGUCUUUUGCAUUUUACCGGGCACCACCCGAAAGCAUAAAUAUGAGGGCUUCUGGUUGGGUAGGGCCACCAUGCGAAAGAUACCGACCGAAGCCGUGAAGGACCGAAAACGGUGGGUGGGAAAGCAGAGAGAAGGCGGCAACAAUGAGAAUAAGGAUGUGGUAGAGACCAGCGGUUGGUAUGAUGAUUAG